AUGAGUGCAUCAAACAAUGGACAUGAAAAAGUAGUAGAGUUGCUUAUCAACAGCGGUGCUGAUUUUAAAAGAGUGAAUAAAAAUGGACGAGAUGCAUUAAUGCUUGCCUCAUUCGAUGGACAUGAAAAAGUAGUAGAGUUGCUUAUCAACAGCGGAGCUGAUUUAAAAAAAAAGAGGGUACAGACGGAUGGAAUCGGUGCUGAUUUUAAAAGAGUGGAUGAAAAUGGACGGGAUGCAUUAAUGCUUGCCUCAUUCAAUGGGCAUAAAAAAGUAGUAGAGUUGCUUAUCAACAGCGGUGCUGAUUUUGAAAGUCUGGAUGAAGAUGAAUGGAAUGCUUUAAUGCUUGCAUCAACCAAUGGACAUACAUCAUUAGUGGAGUUGCUUAUUAAAAAUGGCGCUGAUUUUAAACGAGUGCGUGGAUAUGGAAGGGAUGUUUUAAUGCCUGAAUCAAGUAUUAUACAUAAGAGAGUAGUAGAGAUGUUUAUCAACAGCGGUCCUGAUUUUAAAAAGGUGGAUAAAAGUGGAUGGGAUGCGUUAAUGCUAGCAUCAAGCAAUGGACAUGAAAAAGUAGUAGAGUUGCUUAUAAAACGCGGUGCUAUUUUUGAAAGGGUAGAUGAAAAUGGAAGGGAUGCUUUAAUGCUUACAUCAAACAAUGGACAUGAAAAAGUUGUAGAGUUGCUUAUAAACAGAGGUGCUGAUUUUAAAAAAAUUGAUAAAGAAGGAUCCGAUGCUUUAAUGCUUGCAUCAAGCAAUGGACAUGAGAAAGUAGUGGAGUUGCUAAUCAAUACAGGUGCUGAUAUUAAAAGAGUGCGUGGAUAUAGAAAAAAUGCUUUAAUGCUUGCUUCCAGCUAUGGACAUGAAAAAGUAGUAGAGUUGCUUAUCAAUAGAGGUGCUGAUUUAGAAAGUGUGGAUGACAAUGGAAGGAAUGCUUUAAUGCUUGCAUCAAACAAUGGACAUGAAAAAAUAGUAGAGUUGCUUAUGAUCGGCAGUGCUGAUUUUAAAAGAGUGGAUGAAAAUGGACGGGAUGCAUUAAUGCUUGCCUCAUUCAAUGGGCAUAAAAAAGUAGUAGAGUUGCUUAUCAACAGCGGUGCUGAUUUUGAAAGUCUAGAUGAAGAUGAAUGGAAUGCUUUAAUGCUUGCAUCAAACAAUGGACAUACAUCAUUAGUGGAGUUGCUUAUUAAAAAUGGCGCUGAUUUUAAACGAGUGCGUGGAUAUGGAAGGGAUGUUUUAAUGCCUGAAUCAAAUAAAGAAGGAUCCGAUGCUUUAAUGCUUGCAUCAAGCUAUGGACAUGAGAAAGUAGUGGAGUUGCUUAUCAAUAGAGGUGCUGAUAUUAAAAGAGUGCGUGGAUAUGGAAAAAAUACUUUAAUGCUUGCUUCAAGCUAUGGACAUGAAAAAGUAGUAGAGUUGCUUAUCAAUAGAGGUGCUGAUUUAGAAACAAGCUAUAGACAUGAGAAAGUAGUGGAGUUACUUAUAAACAGCGGAGCUGAUUUUAAAAGAGUGGAUAAACUUGAAUGGUAUUUUUUAAUGCAUGCAUUAAUGGAUGGGCAUGAAAAACUAGUAAAGUUGCUUAUCAACAGCGGUGCUGAUUUUAAAAGAGUGGAUGAAAAUGGACGGGAUGCAUUAAUGCAUGCAUCAAUCAAUGGACAUGAAAAAGUAGUAGAUUUGCUUAUGAACAGCUGUGCUGAUUUUAAAAGAGUGGAUAAACUUGGAUGGGAUGCUUUAAUGAAUGCAUCAAUCAAAGGACAAGAAAAAGUAGUAGAUUUGCUUAUGAACAGCGGUGCUGAUUUUAAUAGAGUGGAUAAAAAUGGACGGGAUGCAUUAAUGCUUGCAUCAAACAAUGGACAUGAAAAAGUAGUGGAGUUGCUUAUAAACAGCGAUGCUGAUUUUAAAAGAGUGGAUAAACUUGGAUGGGAUGCUUUAAUGCAUGCAUCAAUUAAAGGUCAUGAAAAAGUAGUAGAGUUGCUUAUGAACAGCAAUGCUGAUUUUAAAAGAGUGGAUGAAAAUGGACGGGAUGCAUUAAUGCUUGCCUCAUUCAAUGGGCAUAAAAAAGUAGUAGAGUUGCUUAUCAACAGCGGUGCUGAUUUUGAAACUCUGGAUGAAGAUGAAUGGAAUGCUUUAAUGCUUGCAUCAACAAAUGGACAUACAUCAUUAGUGGAGUUGCUUAUUAAAAAUGGCGCUGAUUUUAAACGAGUGCGUGGAUAUGGAAGGGAUGUUUUAAUGCCUGAAUCAAGUAUUAUACAUAAGAGAGUAGUAGAGAUGUUUAUCAACAGCGGUCCUGAUUUUAAAAGGGUGGAUAAAAGUGGAUGGGAUGCGUUAAUGCUAGCAUCAAGCAAUGGACAUGAAAAAGUAGAAUAG